AUGGCUGACAUGAGGCCUAGACUCGUCUUCGUCCGCGACGGUCUAGGAAAGAUGGCCACCUACCUGCACGAAUGCGUUGGACAGGAUGCCAUUGUAUCGCACUUCGGUCCAAGAUACCAGGUUGUUUUCAUUCGUGGAGAGCCCUGCACCAUCUUCUUCGACAAGGCGAUACGCUACUUCAUCAUCGCACCUCUUAUCAGCAAGCAGGAGUUUGCCGACAGACCUGGUCGAUACGACCACAUUAUCGAUCUUGACUGGAUGACAGCCGAUAAUUACGCUGCCCCUGCUGCAGCAAAGGAGCAGGUGAAGGGUGAUGACAAAGCAGAGGAAGUCACUGAGCCAAACUCCGAUGACAUGGAUCCUGAUGAAGGAGAACCCGCUGCAAGUGGCAGUCCUCGGGGCGCUGAAAAGAUUCCUCGUCCUCCCAAUUCGUGGAUCCUUUUUCGAAGAGACAAAUCGAAGCAGCUGCGCGAGGCGAACCCCAAUAUUUCCACUGGUGAAGUCUCCACCGAGGCAGCUCGUCAGUGGAAGGCAUUGUCCGCGGAGGAGAAGGGCUUCUACCAGGAGAUGGCCCGGCAAGCAGCUGAGGAUCACAAGACUCAGUACCCUGAUUAUGUCUACAGGCCUGCAAGGAAGUAA